GAAUGGAGAAUACAACCUCCUCUUCCUCCUCCUUUUCCUGUCGGUUCUGCAGUGGGACCAGUUGCUGACCCUCGGGGGCUCCAAGGGCUCUGACGAGACCCUGCAGACGCGCCUGGGCGAGCAGCGCGGCGGCCAUUGCAUGUGCCUUGUCUACACCUCGGGGACGACCGGGUUUCCCAAGGCUGUGAUGAUCUGCCAUGAGAACUACAUGGCUCAGGGACGAACUGUUUUUCAGCAGCUGGGGUCAAAGAUGGACCCAGUACACAAUCGCAUCAUUUCCUUCCUGCCAUUGUCGCACGUGGCUGCGUCUCUUUUCGACUGCAUGGUGCCCGUUUAUGGCAGAGUUGUGGCUGGCUUGAAACAUACCGUCUACUUCACCAGGCCAUACGAUCUGAAGGAGAUGACGCUGGCUCAGCGGAUCGGAUUUGUCGAGCCCACCGCGUUCUUCGCGGUUCCACGGGUUUACGAGAAGAUCCAGGAGAGGAUGAUGGCGGUAGGGGCUUCCCUCACGGGCGUGAAGAAGACGCUGGCAACGUGGGCGAAGAGCAAAGGCCUCGAGUACUGCCGGAAUCUUCAGGCGGUUUGAUACCAAGAGAAGGAGAAGGGGGAUGACGAUGAUCAGGCGAUUACAAAGUGGGAGGAGUAGCAGGACGGGCCCAAGAUGUGCCCACGAGGCGCCCGCGACGCGCCCAUGAGGCGCCCCCGAGGCGCCCAAGGGCAGGCACCAUGCAAAACCCCACUCAACCACCGCACGAGGCGCCCACGGGCGCCCACGGGUGGAAGCCAAGCAAAAACUCUGGUGACCCACCCAGCGCACGAGGCAGCCACGAGGCGCCCACGGGCGCCCGCGAGGCAAAACCUCGGCUGACCC